GUCACCAUCUGAAAGACUGAAACUAUUAUAUAACCAUUUUAACAACCCCAAAAUUGUAAAAUUCCUGCCUCGUAUUAAUAUUUUCUUGAUCCUAACAGAAAGUGGUGAUUGGCUAAUUUGGCGUUUGGAUUUUUUCCCAGCAAUGGCAAAAACUUGCAAGUCGCAAGAAGAAAUCGCGAACGAUGCGAUCAAGAACGCUUUGAAGGCUCUACGGAAGCGGCAUUUGCUCGAAGAAGCCGCUCAUCGCCCCGCUUUUGAAGCUCUCUCAAGACCCAUCGCUUCCCAGGGUUCUGAGUGGAAAGAGAAAGCAGAGAGUCUUCAGUUAGAACUUCAGCAAUGCUACAAAGCUCAGUCUCGGCUGUCCGAGCAGCUUGUUGUCGAAGUAGCCGAGUCUAGAGCUUUGAAAGCUUCGGUCCAGGUGAAAGAAACUGCAAUUGCCGAAAUGCAAAAGGAGUUGACCGAAGUGAGGGAAGAGCGCUCUCAAUUAAAGUUGGACUUGGAACAAAAGAUUAAGGCUCUUGAAUUGGUUAUGAGUGAGAAUUCGGAACUCAAAGCACAACUAGAGCAGAUGACUACCAAAGCCAACAAAGCCGAAGCUGAAAAUAAGAUGUUGAUUGAUCGUUGGAUGUUAGAAAAGAUGAAGGAUGCUGAACGCCUCAAUGAGGCUAAUGCGCUGUAUGAAGACAUGGUUCAGCGGCUAAAAGCCAGUGGUUUAGAACAACUUGCUAGGCAGCAGGUGGAUGGCAUAGUUCGUCGAAGCGAAGAAGGUGCUGAAUUCUUUUUAGAGUCGAAUAUCCCUUCCACAUGUAAAUACAGGCUCAAUGCACAUGAAGGUGGUUGUGCUGCCAUAUUGUUUGAGUAUAAUUCUAGUAGAUUGAUCACUGGGGGACAGGAUAGGUCUGUUAAAGUGUGGGAUACAAAUACAGGAACUGUAAGUUCUAAUCUUCAUGGCUGCCUUGGUUCUGUGUUAGAUCUCUGUAUCACCCAUGAUAAUCGAUCUGUCAUUGCUGCAAGCAGCUCAAACAACUUGUAUGUUUGGGAUCUCAAUUCAGGCCGAGUCCGUCAUACCCUUACUGGCCACACCGAAAAAGUUUGUGCUGUUGAUGUUAGCAAGGUUUCAAGUCGUCAUGUUGUCAGUGCGGCUUAUGAUCGUACUAUAAAAGUUUGGGACUUGAUGAAAGGCUACUGCACUAACACAAUCAUUUUCCACAGCAACUGCAAUGCUCUUUCCUUCAGCAUGGAUGGGCAGACCAUAUUUUCUGGACAUGUUGAUGGUAAUCUUCGGCUAUGGGACAUUCAGACCGGCAAGCUACUUAGUGAGGUUGCUGCACAUUCACUUGCUGUCACAUCAAUAUCCCUUUCUAGAAAUGGAAAUGUUGUAUUGACCAGUGGAAGGGAUAACUUGCAUAAUUUGUUUGAUGUGCGAUCAUUGGAAGUUUGCGGCACUCUGAGAGCCUCAGGUAACAGAGUGGCUUCUAAUUGGAGUCGCUCCUGUAUUAGCCCAGAUGACAAUCAUGUUGCUGCUGGAUCUGCUGAUGGUUCUGUCUAUAUUUGGUCGAUAUCUAAAGGCGAUAUUGUCAGUACUCUGAAGGAACACAGUUCUUCUGUUCUGUGUUGUAAGUGGAGUGGAAUGGGGAAACCCCUAGCUUCAGCUGACAAGAAUGGAACUGUUUGCGUCUGGACAUGAUGGCCUUUCAUUCACUCCUUGGAAUACACUAGCAGAAUAUGAUCCCAACCACAAACAAGGAGUAAAAGAAAUGAAGCUUGCAUAUACAUGUAAGGGAUAGUGAUAAAGCUCAAUAAGUUUUGAUAUUUUCUGGUUCAAUUCUUUAUUAAACAUUUAUAUGUGCACACGGGUUAUACCAUCAAAAUUGGCAAUGAUGCAUAUAGUAAUGUUUAACAGAAAACAAUUACAACUAAUCUCUCGAUAUGCUAAUUGGAGCUUGAAAUUUGAUUAUAUCACUGUUGUAAUUUGAGAUUGAUGCAAUUUAUCUGAUAUUACACAGCUUUCUUCCUAACUGUUAAUAGAAGUUUAUUUCUUUUUAUCAAUGUUAAUGUUUUUAGCACAAUUAAUAGGAAGGAAUUAUAUAUGAUCACUUAAUGAGUUAAUACUCAAAAUGGCCCAUCAAAUUGGACCCCUGACUCAAUUAGGCCUUCCAAUUUCCAAUUGACUCAUUGUAUCCCCGAAACUUGAAGGUGUAACUCAAAGUUGGCUCUUUAGUAUCUCCGUCACCGGAGAAAUGAUAUGGCACAUUUAGUUGACACUUGGUACUUUCAACGGUUAUAUGAUGUGGCCAAAAUCUUAGAGGCAUCAAUUUAGCUCCUAACGAUUUGAACAUAAAAACCUAGCAAGAGUCCCACAUCUCCCAAAUUGAAGUCAUUUCUGGUGUUUUGGGGAGGAUGUUGGGGAGAAGUAGGAAAGCUUCUGGGAGCUCUAGUAGAUCUCGUUCGCAUGGUAGUUGGGUGAGGAAUGCACAUCAUGUUAGAGAUAGGAAGGUUUCACAUUGGUGUGGUUGUGGGUUGCGACCCGUUCUUUGUUGGUCUAGGAUGGAUACGAAUCCAAAGAGAUCAUUUUAUAGAUACCUUAAUUAUAAUGUGAAUUGGUUGAAUGCUUGCUACUUGAUUCUGUGUCUUAUUUCCUCAAUGCUUCUUAGUUUGGUAAUUGUUCUUU